UGAUAACCAGCUGACAACUGUCAAUUAAGUGAUCAAUAAAAAAUGGAGAAAUGUCAGUGUUUAUAAAUUAUCCUUUGUUAUUACUAUGACCCUGCCAGUGCUUUUUCUGAAAUAAUUAAUCUACAGAGUAACAGUUAUUGUUAGAAUAAACUUUAUAGACAGAAUAGGUCUUUGAUUAAUAAUGAUUCAACACCUGUUAAUUAUGUCAGGACUAAGCUCCAGCUGUACAAGAGAUUGUUCAGGAAGAGGAGAGUGCUAUAAUGGUACAUGCACAUGCGACAUUCGUUUUACUGGCGAUCUUUGUGAUGGCCCCAACUUGCCUUACCACACUGGAAUUGGAGGAGUCUUCUUCUUUAUUAGUCUAGUGUGCGCUAUUCAGUUAAUAAUAUGUAUAGUAUCUGAGUAUAGUAGAUUGAAAGCACCAAGUUUACCAAAAGCUUGCAAAGUGACGACGCAAAAACUUAUCUAUUUUGUAACAUUCUUAGCAAGUUUGAUUAGAGGAGCUUAUUUCAUAUUUCCGGAACUAUUUGAAUAUGGCUGGUCUAAUAGUUUGCUGUCCUCAUACUAUCCUCUAUUAAUGUCAAGCGCAUCACUUAUUGUUUGCUUUUGGGCAGAGGUAUUUCAUCUGCCAGGAAUUCGCUGGGAUCGUCCGCAAUUUCUUUCCAAGUCUUUUCUCGCUUUUGUCACUUUCAAUAUCAUCAGCUACAGCCUCCUGUUCGCCGAAUUCGUUACUACUCAGUUUACGGAACCUCCUUCCGAUGAUCCCGGUUUUUAUCAUCACUUAUUCAAUGGUUGUUAUGCUGUAUUGAUGUUCAUUGUGGUGGUGUUCUUUUUGAUAUAUGGAGUUGAAGUUUACUUUAAGGUAAGAGGAGGGUUUAUCGUCAAAUCCUUGCAACUUGCCAGCAAUUCUUUCGAGACGGAACCUUUAAGGGACGAAACAGCAGUAAAGCAGCAAAUCAACUUCUCUCAGCUACACCAAUCUCGAUUUGGAUUGUUGAGUCAAGCCUUUAUGUUAAUCGUUAUAUCUGGAUUUUUGUUUUCGGAAACUUUAUCUGAGUUUUGGAAAACAAAGGUACCGAUAAAUUCAAGAAAUCUACACAAUGUAAUUUUUCGGAUUGUUGAAAUUGGAGUAGCUAUAUGGUUCCCAGCAGUGCUUUGGAAUUGUAUGCAACCUUCUGAAUUAUGGAUUUUGAAUCCUCGCAAACUCUUGGCCAAAGGGCUUGAACAGCAAAAAAGCGAACAUGUUGUUGAUCAAAAUGUUAAGGUCGAAAGCGACAAUGAAGCUUUUCUGGACAGAAGAGAAUGCUGGAUUUGUUAUGACGCUGAUAAGAAAGAACCUUUGAUACAACCAUGCGAUUGUACGGGAGAUGUAUCCAGUGUUCAUCACGAAUGUCUAAGGAGAUGGUUGAUGGAAAGUUCAUCUUCCAGCAAUGAAGUUUUGAAAUGUAAAGUAUGUAAUUACGAAUAUGACAUUUGUAAGAGCACUGAAGUGAAAUGGGACAGAGGUUUUACUGCUCAGAAUUGCAGUAGUACAGCAUUUGUUGUUACAGUGAUGUGUCUGGCAGUUGCUGGAGCUUGGAUUACUAUUCAGUUAUACCCUAAUCCAUACAUAAGAAUGGUUAGUGCAAGCUUUGCGCUCAUGAUAAUCUACGUUUGUAUCAGAUUUUUAGGCCAAAAUACCUUGAGCGCUUAUCAGCGUGCCAAAGUCGCUGCACUGAGCAUUGGAAAUCACGUAACUACUAUCAGCGGUAACGUCAAUCAAAGUCCUGAGGAAUCACAAAAACCUGAAGAAAGACAGUAACUGAAAUUUCUCAUCACAUUCCACAGCGCCGUUUCAAAAGGCAUUAUUCCCAAAAUAAUUAAAUAAUGUUAAUUAAUGGAAUAAAUUUUGCAGUUGACUUGUUAUCUUGAAUAAAAUUAGAGAAACUAAUUCUACUCAAACAGAAUUAAGAGAAAUUGGUCUGGUUAUUGAGCAUUAAUGGACGUUAUUUAAAAAGUAUUAAAAGUAUAAUUUUAUACAGCUAUCAGAUAUUACAGUGCCGAGAAUUUAAAAGUAUAAUUUUAUACAGCGCGGAGAAUAAGUCUCCCCCCCCCCCCCCCCCCCAUUAAACUGUGUUAUUUAAUUUAAAUAAACACAUUUUAUGAUUUUCGUUCACGUAACAGCUGCCGCUCGUUUUUUAAAUAGCAUUUCAUUAGAAAAUACUUGAAAAUCGAAAUUUAAAAAUGUAUCACACUUAUAGUCUACAUCUAAAACCGUCUUUGUGUUAUAAUAAGUUCUUUUUUAUUAGGCUCACAGUGUCGGGACUUUUAAAUAUACCUUUUUUCUUAAAUAGACUGACUUAAAGCUGACUAGGUAAUUUUGUGUUGAACUUUAUAAUGUGACUUUCAUGUUUGAUCGGUGUUCUGUUUAAUGUUCAUAAAAAUUAGUAAAUUACAUAUAAUACGUAAUGAACAGUAUACGUAAAAAACGUAAUUUCAAACUGUAUUUUAACAUGCUAUUAAAUGUCGUUUUUUUCUGAAAAUAGACAGGAAAGAAACAUUACAUAUUGUCAAAAUGUAUUUGGUAUAAGUAGGAAAUACCUCUACAGAAUUUCCAAUAGGAUUUAAAAAAAUUGUAUGUAAUGAAUAAUUGCCCAACAUAUUUUUUUGAUCUUUCUAAAAAUCUAACAGAAAACAUUGUUUAAUUAUAUAUUAUUUUCGUUUUUAUAGAGCAAUACUUGAGUUUUAUCAAUUUGAUAUUAGUUUUAUCCAUAUUCUUUAUUCUUAAAAAAAGAUGAAAACAAAUUUACUAUUUAAACACACAACUAACGCUAAAUCGUAAAUUAGAAAAUUAAAAUCAAAUUUGACACAUUCAGCAGUUGUUUAUGACAGCAACGACGGAAUAUGAAUCAUGUCCAGAUAUAAGGAAUAUUUUUUGCCAGCAUUGUUCACGUUUGCCAAAAAGUUGAAUUAAAUAGUUAUUGUGUUAAAUAAAAGCUUGUAAAAUUAGUGAAUAUAUAAUUAAAGACGGGGCAGACGUGUGUAUAUAAAAGAUACAAAUUUUAUAAUGAAUAAUGUAUAAAUAUCUGAUACUUGGCAACCGAAGGUGCCAUUGAGAUGAGCAUAAUCUUUUGUCUUUAGGACUGCCACCUAAUAGAACGUUAUUAAGGGGUGACAGGUGUUUGACGCAUGUGAUGCAAUGAAAGUAUGAAGAAGAUAUAUGUAGUGUGUCCAAGUCACUACAGUUAUCAUGUCAUGUCUAAUUUUUGACGAGAC